AUGGACUCGCUCUCAGAUCAGAAUAACAACAACAUACUAUAUUGCCCGAAAGAGUUAAUUGACUCUCACAACGCGGCCAUGCAACUAUUCAUUUCUGGACAGUGCCUGUUCUGCCCCAAUCUCUCACCAGACUUCCUUGUCAGUGUAGCUCACAUGCAAAGGUCACACGGCCUCUUUAUCCCACAUCGGCAACAUCUAGUCGUCGACCUGGAAACACUCUUCAAGUACUUACACUUAGUCAUAUUCGAAUACCGGGAAUGUCUGCAUUGCGGGACAGAGAGGACAACGGUGCAAGCUGUGCAACAGCACAUGAUCGGCAAAGGUCACUGCAGGUUUGACCCAGCAGACCAAGACUCCGAAUUUGCCGACUUUUACGACUUUACUUUCUCAGAGGCGGCAGACAAUGAAGUGAGUGCCUUUGAGAGCGACGAAGAGGAGUGCGAUAUGCAGAACGCGCCAGCAAGUCCAAGUCGACAGCCGCUACAGGUUGAUGAAGACUCUCUUCGGUUGCCGUCGGGCAAGAUCAUAUCCAAGCGGUCCUCGGAACAAACGGGAUUGUCUAUCAAUCACCUAAGACGUCGAAUGCGAAUCCCACCUUCACAGCUAGAAUAUGCCCGGGUAAAAUCCGAUGAAGAGGAGUUCAGCGAGGACCCGCUGCAUCCUGGUGGGACACAGGCACUGUCGAAGAGAGAAAAGCGAGAGAAGGCAGUGAUUACAAAACAGCUAGCAAGCAUGCGGGCGGAUGAUCGAAGUGCCUUGAUGCACUUAUCUGCGUCGGAGCAGCGAUCGCUGCUGGCAGUGCAGUACAGGAACGAGGAAAAGAUACAGAAGGAGAAACGGCGCCGGCAGGGGAAGAUUGAUCGGAAGGGGAACAAGAACUUGUACGCGUACUGGAACACAGAAACACCUGUCUACCAGUGUGGAUAG